CCGCCACACCGCCCGCGACGCUCGCUGCGAGCCGAACCACACCGCGACUCGCGACGUGACGCAGGCCUCUGCGAGGCAGCCAGGACGCCGCGGUCGCCAGCGAAUCGCCAGCGAAGCCGGCGCCUCCGUCUUUGACGCCGUCUUUGACACGCCCUUGGACUUCCCUCCGCGCUCCACCGAGGCGGCCGAGGCGGUGGGGUGCGCGUCCGCCACGUGCCGGUGACCAUCAUGUCCGUAUUCGUCUCCUGCUCCGAGUACUUGUGACGAACAGCCCGACGGGCACCGCGCGGUGCCUCUAGUGCAAUUGAGGGAGAGGCCCAGUGAACUCGGCAGAGCAGGAUUACGCCGCAAGUCCGCGUCUUUUGGAGUACCUGACGACUUCCCGCCGCCGCCAUGCCUGAGAAAAAGCCCAAGCAAAAGGUGGAGAAGUUGGAGGACUUGAAGAAGGAGUUGGACAUCGACUUUCACAAAAUCAGUGUCGACGAGCUGUGCCGUCGUUUCACGACCGAUUGUACCAAGGGUCUCACUGCAGCCAAAGCCAAAGAGUAUUUGGAGCGCGAUGGCCCCAACUCACUCACCCCUCCAAAAACAACCCCCGAGUGGAUCAAGUUCUGUAAGCAGCUGUUUGGGGGCUUCUCCAUGCUCCUGUGGAUUGGUGCCAUCCUUUGCUUCAUCGCCUAUGCUAUUGAGUACUCACAAUCAGAUGAACCUGUAGAGGACAACCUGUACCUUAGUAUUACUCUGGCUGCUGUCGUUAUUGUCACAGCCAUCUUUUCUUACUAUCAAGAAAGCAAAAGUUCAAAGAUCAUGGAUUCCUUUAAAAAUAUGGUUCCUCAGACCGCAGUUGUUAUCCGUGGAGGCGAAACCCUUAGUAUCAGAGCUGAAGAAAUUGUAGUAGGCGAUCUUGUUGAGGUCAAGUUUGGUGACCGUAUCCCUGCUGAUAUUCGUAUAGUUGAAUGCCGCGCCUUUAAAGUUGAUAACUCAUCUCUAACUGGUGAAUCUGAACCUCAAAGCCGUAACACUGAAUUUUCCAAUGAAAACCCAUUGGAAACAAAGAACCUCGCAUUCUUCUCAACAAAUGCCGUUGAAGGUACUGCCAGGGGUAUUGUCAUCUGCUGCGGUAAUAGCACUGUAAUGGGUCGCAUUGCUGGUCUUGCCUCUGGUCUUGAAACUGGUGAGGCACCUAUUGCCAAAGAAAUUCACCACUUCAUCACCCUGAUUACUGGUGUGGCUGUGUUCCUUGGAGUUUCCUUCUUCAUUAUUGCAUUUGUCCUUGGAUAUCAUUGGCUUGAAGCUGUUGUCUUCCUAAUUGGUAUUAUUGUUGCUAAUGUACCUGAAGGUCUGCUAGCAACAGUGACAGUGUGUCUCACACUCACUGCUAAGCGCAUGGCGUCCAAAAACUGUCUUGUGAAGAACUUGGAGGCUGUUGAAACUCUGGGUUCAACUUCCACAAUUUGCUCUGAUAAGACAGGCACCCUUACUCAGAAUCGUAUGACUGUUGCUCACAUGUGGUUUGACAAUCAAAUCAUUGAGGCUGACACCACUGAGGACCAAACAGGUGUACAGUAUGACAAAACCAGCUCUGGGUUCAAGGCAUUAGCUCGAGUGGGUUGUCUGUGCAAUAGAGCAGAAUUUAAAGGUGGUCAAAAGGGCGUUCCUGUUUUGAAACGGGAGGUGAAUGGUGAUGCGUCGGAGUCUGCUAUUCUUAAAUGCAUGGAGCUGGCCCUUGGAGAUGUCUCAGCCAUUCGAAACAAAAACAAGAAAGUCUGUGAAAUUCCAUUCAAUUCAACAAACAAGUAUCAGGUUUCUAUUCAUGAAAAUGAGGACAAAUCCGAUCCCAGGCAUAUUUUGGUCAUGAAGGGUGCUCCAGAGAGAAUUCUUGAAUGCUGCUCCUCUAUUUACAUGAAUGGCAAAGAUCUGCCCCUUGAUGAGGAACUUAAAUUGGCUUUCAACUCUGCCUACCUCGAAUUGGGAGGACUUGGGGAGCGAGUCCUUGGAUUCUGUGACUUCAUGCUACCAGCUGAGGAGUUCCCCAAAGGCUUCAGCUUUGAUGGCGACAAUCCCAACUUCCCACUAGCUGGACUUCGAUUUGUUGGUCUAAUGUCAAUGAUUGAUCCCCCCCGUGCCACUGUACCUGAUGCUGUUGUGAAAUGCCGCUCUGCUGGUAUCAAAGUAAUCAUGGUUACUGGUGACCAUCCUAUUACAGCCAAAGCCAUUGCAAAAUCUGUGGGUAUCAUAUCUGAUGGUAACGAGACUGUUGAGGAUAUUGCUGAAAGAUUAGGUGUCAGUGUCACUGAUGUUAAUCCAAGAGAUGCCAAAGCUGCUGUUGUUCAUGGAAUGGAGCUUCGUCAUUUAAGCUCAGAUCAACUGGAUGAAAUCCUCAAGAAUCACUCAGAAAUUGUUUUUGCCAGAACAUCUCCUCAGCAAAAAUUGAUCAUUGUAGAAGGUUGCCAACGUCUUGGCGCUAUAGUUGCUGUGACUGGAGAUGGUGUGAAUGAUUCUCCUGCCUUGAAAAAGGCUGACAUUGGUGUCGCUAUGGGCAUUGCCGGAUCUGAUGUCUCCAAACAAGCUGCUGAUAUGAUUUUGUUGGAUGACAAUUUUGCGUCCAUUGUAACUGGUGUUGAAGAGGGACGUUUAAUUUUUGACAAUUUGAAGAAAUCAAUUGCCUACACUCUGAGCUCAAACAUCCCAGAAAUCUCGCCUUUCCUUAUGUUCAUUUUGAUUGGCAUUCCCCUGCCUUUGGGCACUAUUACUAUUUUAUGUAUUGAUUUAGGUACUGACAUGGUUCCUGCUAUUUCUUUGGCUUAUGAAGAAGCCGAAUCAGACAUCAUGAAGCGCCCUCCUAGAAAUCCUUUCUUGGCUUCAGACAAAUUAGUAAACUCAAGAUUGAUUUCUAUGUCCUAUGCCCAAAUUGGUAUGAUCCAAGCUGUUGGUGGUUUCUUCAUGUAUUUUGUCAUCAUGUCCCAAAAUGGUUUCCUUCCAUGGGAUCUUCUUAGCAUCAGAAAGAGAUGGGAUGCUAAGUCAAUCAACGACCUUCCUGAUUCUUAUGGUCAAGAAUGGACUUACAGGGAUCGAAAGCGCCUUGAAUACACUUGCCAGACAGCAUUUUUCGUCGCCAUUGUCAUUGUACAGUGGGCUGACUUGAUUAUUUGCAAAACUAGGCGAAACUCUCUUCUCACACAAGGAAUGAGGAACUGGGCUCUCAACUUUGGUCUAGUGUUUGAGACUGCCUUGGCAGCAUUCCUUUCAUACACUCCAGGCAUGGAUAAAGGGCUUCGCAUGUAUCCUCUUCAUUGGUCAUGGUGGUUUGUUCCAAUGCCGUUUAUGGUCAGCAUUUUGAUCUAUGAUGAAGUGCGCAAGUUCAUCCUUCGCAGAAACCCAGGAGGCUGGCUUGAAAAAGAAACUUACUACUAA